AUGAAGCUCAUUUUCUCCAUUGUCUUACUCCUUGGAAGUACGGGAUUACAGUCUCUCGCGCAGCAGAUUCCUGGCUCUCUGCUUUCUUUCGACCUCCUACAAUUGAGCGUUGGCUGCCUUACUGCUGUGAACAAGACUGUUAGCUCUUGUCCAAGAUGGCUUCCACAGCAUACAGGUGAAGGCGACGCAAGCUUUGACCUGCUCAACGACAAACGCCUCAGCCAGCUCUGCGGUACAGCUUGCGCUCAAGAUCUUGAAACCUCAAGGGCGGCGAUUCAAAAGGCUUGCACUUCUGCUACAGAUGUCAUGGUUCCUGUUGAGGGUGUUGCUUAUCCAGCGACGUUCCUUGCCGAUAGAUACCUCUAUGCGUUGCAGUUAGGCUGUCUCGAGUCGUCUUCGGGACAAUAUUGCGACUCUAUAGUCUCAACGUGGCUAAAUCAGAGCAGCAGUGCAAACUGGACAGUCGCACAGAAUUGCUCUGAUUGCGAACUCGGAGUCCAGAAACUGCAACUUUCCUCGCCAUUCGGCUAUGAUGUAGACGGCGCCGCCAAUUUCGCCUCGCUCACGUCCAGCUGUAAGGUAGAAGGUUACACAUACGCCACGCCCGCGGCAUAUGCCAUUAAUGCAACAACUGUGCCGGAUCCGCCUUCUCGUACAUGUACCAACACAUAUACCGUACAGGAUGGAGACACUUGCAUCUCCAUCUCUCUGAGCAAAAAUGUUUCGACGUACAGCUUAAUAGUAGCGAAUGGUAUCGAUAUUAGCUGCAAUUUGCUCGCUCCUGCAGGCUCCACGGUUUGUCUCCCAAAUACGUGCAACACGUACCAACUCGACAUGUACGACAGAUGCGACGAUAUAACAGCCGGCGCUCGGAUCAAUCAGCAGCAGCUGUUGUCCUGGAAUCCCAUGAUCAACAACUUUUGUAAUAACCUAGGCAGUUGGUUUGGUUGGAACUUGUGCAUAAGGUGUGAGAAUCUUUUUAUUCACCUCGUUUUCUGUCAGCAGCAGCAUUUGGAUUCUGACCACUAUAGCAGCUCACCAGACGGAGCCGUCAACCCCGGUCAAGGCAACAGUGUUGCCACAGACGCACCUGUCCCCACAAAUGCGCAGGACCUAUCCAACAGGCAUUGUGGACAGUGGUAUGCUACCAAAACGGAUGACUUGUGUGACACCAUAUCACUCGCUUUCGGUAUUACCGUGGACGAUUUCUACUUCCUCAACCCACAGGUCGACCACAAUUGCUCAAACCUCUGGUUGGAGACAUCCUACUGCGUUAGGCCUGUCGGAAACAUUGCUACCUACUACGGCUAUCCGACGUCCACACCAGGCACUAUAUUCCCUAAACCAACGCCGGAGCCAACAUCGACACCCCCACCAGUCGUGACUCCCCCACUCUCGGCGAAGGCGGCAGGCACAGUUGACGGGUGUCUACAUUACAUGAAUGCCUUUGACGAGUCACUGUCCAGUGUCUUCGAUCUCAAUGUGGCGAAUUCUUGCGAGGUGUGGGCUGCGCAGGCAGAUGUCACGGUGGAGGAUCUGUUAGCGUGGAAUCCGAGCCUUUCGAAGGCGAAUUGUGUGUUGCAGUCGGGCAAGAGUUACUGCAUUCUGAACUUGACGCCUACACCUACAACGUCCCAGCCACCGACCAACACUGGCGGCACACCACCACCUGCUGAGACCCAACCAGGCGCAAUCUCGUCGUGCAAGAAAUGGUACGUCGUUGUAAGCGGUGACGGUUGUUGGGGCAUUGCGAAUGCGGCUGGCAUCUCGCUCGAGGACUUCUACAAAUGGAAUCCUGGCGUCGGCGAGUGUUCUGCUUUGUGGCCAGACUAUGCUGUCUGCAUAGGAAUUUGAUUUGUGUCGAUAUGAUCAUGAAGACGUAGAUAAAGUUCGGGUACAGCAGAGUGUAAUUUACCCCGCAACUUUGUUCUAUCAAUAGCAUAAAAAAGUCCGUACUCUAUUC